AUAUAUAUAUAUUUUUGUAGUCUGUUGUAUCGGCUUCAUCGGAAGCUGAUAUGAUUACUCUAUGGCGAAAUCACGAAAAUCAACUUAGUAUUUAUUCUUCGAAUGUUGGAUCAAAGAAAACUAAAGUUGUUUCAAAGGAAACCGGAGGAACAGAAGAAGUCGAUAAUUUAGAAGAGAAUAAAUUAUGUUUAAACGAUGAACAAAUACUUCGACUGGGAAAAAUUGGAAUUUUGGUCGAAGAAUACUUUGGAAGUUUAAGAGAUAUUGAAUGGGCCAUUUAUGGAAAUGAUAUUUAUCUUUUGCAGACUCGACCAAUUACAUCUGUCGAUAAAGAUAACGAUUCUUCUAUCAGACACGAAUUAGACGGACCUUGGAAAAGUGAAUGCGAAUAUGUAACUAAAGCUAAUAUAGGAGAAGUAUUUCCCGGUGCUGUAACACCUCUUACAUUUAGCACAAUCAUUAAAACCUUUGACAUUUUUCGUGAGAGAACGAUGAAGAAAAGAGGGAUAGUAAAAGAAGCAGUUUGCCCCUAUUUCCCACGUCGCUUUGUACUUACUAAUGCUCACGUAGUAUUUAAUUUAAUAGAUGGUAUAUACCGCUUUAUUCCGGAAAAGGCUACUACUUUGAGUAAUUCUUCUUUAAUUUCUUUAUUUGGACGAAUUCUGGAGGACGAUAACGAAUUUAAAAAGAGAAGAAGAGAACGUUAUAGUACAAGUCGUUCGACCAUUCAAGCAGUUUAUGGUCUUGCAUAUCUCUUUUAUGUAUCCUUUUAG